AGUCCCGGACCACCUAGUGCCGGACGCGGCGGCUGGAAGCGCGCGUGGGAGGAGGCAGGGACUCUGGGUGCAACAAGAGUUACAGAAUGUCAGAGGAAGCUGUCUCCCGGGAAGAGACGGACUAAAGGAAGGGUCCCAGUCACCAUGGAGGACUCGCACCCUGAAGACACCAUGGAGCAGCAGGAUUCGCCCAAGGAGAGGAGCCCGGGCAGCCCAGGAGGCAAGCUCUGCCACCUAGGGGCCCUGCAGUGCACCCGCUGCCUCAUCACCUUCGCUGAUUCCAAGUUCCAGGAGCGUCACAUGAAGCGGGAGCACCCGGCGGACUUCGUGGCCAAGAAGCUGCAGGGCGCCCUCUUCAUUUGCUUCACCUGCGCUCGUUCCUUCCCUUCCUCCAAGGCUCUGAUCACCCACCAGCGCAGCCACAGUCCAGCCACCAGGGCCUCCCUGCCUGUUGCACCCACCCCCGUGCAGCCCACCUUCCCUUGUCCUGACUGUGGCAAGACCUUCGGGCAGGCUGCUUCUCUAAGGCGACACCGCCAGGUACACAAGGCCCAAGCCCCUCCUGGCCCCUUUGCCUGCACGGAGUGCGGUCAGGACUUUGCCCAGGAGGCAGGGCUGCACCAACACUACAUCCGGCAUGCUCGAGGGGAGCUCUGAGUGCAGCCCGAGCCCUCUCCACCAUGACGUGGGCCCUGGGUUUCCUUUCUUCCCUGGGAAGACAAAGGCUCUCAAUGAAUAAGAUCUAGGAGAUUCUCAGAGUGUCAGUCUUCGGAGGACACAGGCCUUUAGGGAGAUGGUGAGAUCACAUAAUGUGGAGAUCUUUUGUUUUCAAAGAAAAUAAGCCAGAAAGAGAAUGAAAAAUGAUUUUUCUCUCCCUCAUUUCCAGUUAAAUAACUGACUGCAGAUCUUAAUCACCUUUAAUUUUUCCCAGAUGGAUGCCAUAGGCUGUAGGAGCAAAUUGGCCUGGAUCUGUGCCUGUGGU